AUGUGAAUGCACGUGUGACAUUUUGUUUAUCAUUUCUACCGCAUUUUAUUUUAGAUUUAAUUUUUAAAAUAGGAAAAAUUCGUUGAAAAUUAAAAAUGAAUGGAAGAAGUGCUCAAGUCGGGCGCACAAAAACUCAUAAUGUGCGUUUUUAUAAUCUCACACCGCGCUCUAUACAAAGCAUGGCUUAUAACAAGAUUUGGCACAAGUUGGCUAUAUCUAGAAAUGAUGGAUCUAUUGAAAUUUGGGAUAUGCAACAUGCCUCCUAUUUGGAAAAAGUUAUACCGAAAUCGCCUGGAAACUCCGUAGAGGGUAUGGUUUGGGCUGGCGAGCGUUUAUUCUCAGUUGGUCUUACUGGCGAAUUGGUUGAAUGGGAUUUACUAUUGCUAAGGCCCCGACGUAAGCAGUUCGUAACUGGAAAUGCUAUAUGGUGCGUUGAUGUAAACUCCACCGGAACAGAGCUGGCUGUCGGGACAGAGGAGGGUUACAUCAAUAUAUUUGACAUAGACAGCGAUCAAAUGCAAUACAAACAACUAUUUGAUAAGCAAGAAGGUCGUGUGUUGUGCUGUAAAUUUGAUCGUACCGGCGAAUUUCUGGUAACUGGUUCAUUGGGUGCAAUACGAAUUUGGGAUGUGAAGAGUGGCCAUGCGUUGCAUAAAAUGUCAAUUUCGCGAGCGGAAAAGAAAAAAGAGGUGAUUGUUUGGUCAUUACAAGUGCUAAGUGAUUUCACAAUUAUUUCGGGUGAUUCACGUGGUCAAGUCUCAGUUUGGGAUGGUAAAUUAGCAACACAGUUGGAAUCACAUCAGGUGCUAAAGGCUGAUGUACUAGCGGUAACUGUAAAUGAAGAAGAAAAUUUGCUAAUGUGUUCAGGAAUUGAACCAAUAAUCAGAAUAUAUGCCAAAACAAAAAUUAAGCGUGAGGAAAUGGAGCAUUAUUGCUGGGUAAAAUAUCUGCAAAGAAGUGUACACGAUAAUGAUGUAAAAGCGCUCGUAUGUGCAGGUGACCGCAUAUUCUCAGGUGGUAUGGAUGGUUAUUUAGGAAUAUCCUCGGCUUCAAAACGUAGCUCCACUAUAUCUAAGUAUGGUCCAUUCCUUAAGAAUCCAUGCGUUGCCGUAUCAAAUAAAAAUCGCCUGUUACUUCUUCGUUAUACAAAUUAUUUUGAAGUGUGGCGUCUUGGUUCUACGGACGGCAGACAACAGCUAGUAGCACCAACGGAAGAUGAAGAAGAACACAAAACAAAGCAUAAGAGUAAAGAACCUGAGCGCAGGAUGCUUGCUUUGAAUACUCCACCAGAAAAACUAUUGGAAUUUAGAAGCAAAAAUGAUGAACCCAUUAUUUGUGCCACCAUCUCCCCUGACGGUCAAUGGUUAUGCUACUCGACCCAAAAGAGUAUCCGACUUUUCCGGUUUCUACCAUCAGUUUCUGGGAAAAAUGACACACAGCUUGCCCGCAUCAAAGGCCUGCCAGAGCAAUUUGUUACUGCCUCCCACAUAAUAUUCAGCAGCGAUUCAAAACGCCUUUUCCUUGUACAACCUACUACCCGUCAAAUAAACAUAUUUUCAAUAGUUAAAAAUGGCAGCACUGACCUAGACUUCGUCGAAAGCAUUGAAACAAGUAAACACAUAAAAGACGUCGUAAAUAUAUUCGCCGUAUCGGAAUGUGGUACAUACAUAGUAGCAGCAGGUGCAGAUCGCACUAUUGCGGUAUGGAGAAUAUUUGAGGGCAAACAUUUCAAACAUUAUCUCAACAUGCCGCGUUACUCGGCCAUUACAACGGCUUUAGCAAUUCAUGCGCACGAGCCUAGGCUAGUGGCAGCCUUCUCUGAUGGCAAAAUAAUUGAAUAUGAUCUAGAAGAAAUGUGCUUUACAUGUUCGGAGCGAGAAUAUUUUGUCGAGAAUGCGGAAACGCAUUGUGUUUCAAAUAUGUUAUUGGAUAGCCGCAAUGCCAACAAUAUUGUACUACAUAACGAUGCGUAUUUAUAUGUGUUGGAGAAAGUUGCGGACACGAAUGGCGAAACCGAAUACGAUAAUGACGCUUCAGCACCAACAGGCAAGAAGAUUGGAAAGAAAUUGAAGCGUACUGUGAGUGACAGUAAAGUAAGCGGUCUGCGCUUGAAAUUUAAGAAAUCUUAUGAGCACCUAAUAUCACUCAGUUGGCUCAGUACGGAUGAAUUGGUCGCAGUUGGUGUCAAUCCUGUCACAUUAAUUGAACAAUUACCGGACGCUUUUAAACAAAAGAAAUUCGGCACCGCUUAGUGUAAAGUGUACAUAAAAGUGAAAUUUUUGAUUUCUUAUUGUAAGAAAUUAAUAUUGUUUUAAUAAUAGUGUAUUGUUA